AUGGCGGAUCUGUUCGUCAUUUUUGACGAGGAGGGCAUCGCCGAUCGCGACCCGGAACGCACAUAUCGCACUUACAGCGAUGCUUUCGCUACGAUGUCAGAGGACAACUUCAUUGCGACCUUCCGCUUGUCUAAGGACGCUGCUAGAGAGGUCUGCGAAGCUGUCAAGGGGGAUCUAGAGCGGCCUCAGCAGUGGCGUCGUACAACCCUCAGCGUCGAGCAGAGAGUUUUAAUGGCGCUACGGUUCUACGCCACUGGGGCAUUCCUCGGCAACAUUGCGAGGGAAGAGAGCUUCGUUUGCAGUAAGCAUGCAAUAUCCGAGGCUCUCCACGCAGUGAGCCUAGCCAUCACAAUGAACCUUGCGCGGAAGUAUCUCCGGUUCCCCUCGACUCCAGAGGAAAAGUUGGAAGUAAAGCGCGGGUUCUACGAGUUGGCUGGGUUUCCUGGGUGCCUAGGUGCAAUUGAUGGUACCCAAGUGGCAAUACAGCAACCAAGCCUUGCUGAUCCACGGUUCGUGGAUGGAAACUACUAUUGCCAUAAGGGAUACCAUUCCAUCAACGUCUUAGCGAUCUGUGAUGCAACCAGGCGCAUUCUGUUCCUGAAUGCCAGAUACCCGGGAUCGUGCCAUGAUGCCUCUGUAUGGGCAGCGUCCCAGCUCUGUCGAGAAGCUCCCACAAUAUUUGAAGAUGGAGAGUGGCUAAUUGGAGACAGCGCCUACCCCUUGCAGCCAUGGCUGAUGACGCCUGUCCGAACACCAACGACACAGGAAGAAGAGGACUACAAUGACGCACACAGUCGAACACGUGUGCGCAUUGAGCACUGUUUCGGCAUGCUGAAGAUGCGGUUCCGGUGCCUUCAGAGGUACCGCACCUUACACUUUGCUCCAGACCGGUCGUGCAACAUCAUAAACGCUUGUGUGGUGUUGCACAACAUGUGUAUAGCGUACAACACACCUCAGCUACCUGACGCAGCUGACGCAGAAAGUGGGCCUGAUGAUGACGUGACAGAAGAGGCACACGUUGCGGGGGCAGACGAUGCAGAGGACAAUGGCAGUGCUGUUGCCACAAGCAGUCGUGCAACCCAGGGGCCUCAAACACCUGAGCAAGCUGUGUGA